CGUUUAAAUGUAUUAUGAUUAGAUAAUAAUCCGGCAUAAAGAUAAAAAACUUUGUUUUACAUUUAUUUAUUAUACUGUGCCAACUUUUAAAAAACAGUUUCUCAAGUUUUUUUAAAUUUUUUCUAGUAGUGGAUAAUCCAGGAUUUGGCAACAAAGUGCACAAUCUUGCAACAGGUUAGGGUCAAAUUUUCAUGUUUUUUGUUUUGAAGAAUAUUUUCUUUAAUUUGUGACACAAAUUUUGUUUCAAAUUAUGUGAUCUACAAUUGUUUAAGUUGAUAUGAGUAUAGAUACUACAUUGUAUAAAUGUAAAUAAUACCAUGGAAGAGGACAAAGUAUAUUUACUCGAUGACUUUGUCACCAACGACAGUAUGUACCUUAUAGACCCUAAGGAUGUAGAAAAGGAAAACCAAUCACUUCUAGACACUCUAAUUUCCUUUGAAAAAGUACAAAGUUCUCUUGAACCAAAAAAUAGUAAAGGAAAUAAUAAUAACGAAGAUAGAAACGAUUGUCGGGUCAACUGUGAAACCUUAGAUACACAUCAAUCCAUUGAAUGUAUUGAAUUAAGUGAUUCUUCUGAUGAAUCUCAAGUCAAUACUCAACAGAAAGAAGAAGAAGAGGAGCAUUGCCUGGAUGAUUUUCAUGUUACAAUCAAUAGUUCAGCCGAAGAAAGUGAAGCAACUGAUUCAGAUGUUGAUGAUGAUAACAACGACAAGGAUUUAUCCACAUCUGAAAGUGAUGAAAAAACCAAUGAUAAUUCAAAAAUUAAAGCGAAAAAUCGUGAAGUUAGAAGAUCUACAAGGAUUAGAAAAACAAUUGACCCAAUAGUUGAUAGUCGCGAUGAAGAAAGUGACUUUUAUACUGAUGAAGAUUCUUCAUACACUCCUGAAGAUGAGGAAGUUAAAGGAAAAAAAUAUUAUCGACGAAUUAACUCAGAUACUUCAUCCACAGAAAGUGAAGCAACUGAUUCAGAUGUUGAUGAUGAUAACAGCGACAAGGAUUUAUCCACGUCUGAAAGUGAUGAAAAAACCCAAGAUAAUUCAAAAAGUAAAGCCACAAAUAGAAGAUCUACUAGGAGUACAAAAACAAUUGUCCCAAUAGUUGAUAGUCGCGAUGAAGAAAGUGACUUUUUCGCUGAUGAAGAUUCUUCAUACACUUCUGAAGAUGGGGAAGUUAAAGGAAACAAAUAUUAUCGACGAAUUAAAUCAGAGAGAAAACCUAAAUGUGACGGAAAAGCUUCUAAACAAAGGAAAUCCUCAUAUAUACACGAUGGAAAAAGGCACAUCAAAAUAAAUCACGAGGAGUGUGAAUACCGUAGUUGCUCAAAAACUUACACGUCAAGUUUAAAUUUAGAACAUCAAAGCCAACAAAUAUACGAUUGUCCAAAUUGCGACCAAAAACAUGAAAUAGCAUUAAACAUGUACAUUGUAGUCCACGACGUUCUUAAAUGCAAUUGUCUGCAUUGCAUAAGAAGUAAUAUUUCAAAACAGUUCAAAGUUCAAAGCCGUAAUGACGAAAAAUUUGGGUGUCCAAAUUGCGAAAAAACAUACAAAUCAAAGACUAACCUGGACGAGCACGUUCAACUUAAACAUGGCGAUGCCUUACAAAGAAAAAAAUACAAAUGUCCAGAUUGCGACAGAAUGUUUUCAUAUAUAAGAAGUUUAUAUAGGCACAUAGAAGUAAUACACGAAGGCAUUAAAUAUAGUUGUUCACAUUGUUCAAAAACAUACACAUCCAAGGAUAACCUAAACGAGCACGUUCAACUUAAACAUGGCGAUGCCUUACAAAGAAAAAAAUACAAAUGUCCAGAAUGCGACGUAAUGUUUUCAUAUAUAAGAAGUUUAAAUAAGCACAUACAAGUAAAACACGAAGGUUCACAUUGCUUACAAAAAUUUACAACAAAGGCUUACCUAAAACGCCACGUUAAAUCCCAACAUGGCGAUACUUUACAGAGAAAAAAAUACAAAUCUCCAAAGUGCUCAAAAACGCACACAUCAAAGGCUAGCAAAACACAACACGUUCAAUUCCAAUGUCUACAUUGCUCAAAAACAUAUACAUCAAAUGCUAACCUAAAACACCACGUUCAAUUCCAUCAUGGCGAUCCCUUACAAAGAAAAAAAUACAAAUGUCCAGAUUGCAACGUAAUGUUUUCAUAUAUAAGAAGUUUUAAUAAGCACAUACAAGUAAAACACGAAGGUUCACAUUGCUUAGAAACAUUUACAACAAAGGCUUACCUAAAACGCCACGUUAAAUCCCAACAUGGCGAUACUUUACAGAGAAAAAAAUACAAAUCUCCAAAGUGCUCAAAAACGCACACAUCAAAGGCUAGCAAAACACAACACGUUCAAUUCCAAUGUCCACAUUGCUCAAAAACAUAUACAUCAAAUGCUAACCUAAAACACCACGUUCAAUUUCAUCAUGGCGAUCCCUUACAAAGAAAAAAUUACAAAUGUCCGCAUUGCGACCUCGUAGUAUUUAAUAAAGCAAGUAUCAACAACCACAUGAAAAUAAAACACGGCGGUUUAAAAUACAGUUGUUCGCAUUGCUCAAAAACAUAUACAUCAAAUGCUAACCUAAAACACCACGUUCAAUUUAAACAUGGCGAUCCUAUACAAAUAAAAAAAUACAAAUGUCCGCAUUGCGACCUAAUAGUGUUUAAUAAAAGAAGCAUCGACAGCCAUAUAGAAAUAAAACACCAGGGUUUUAGAUACAGUUGCCCACAUUGCUUGAAAUCAUACACAGGAAAGGUGGCCUUAAAAAAUCACGUUCAAGUCAAACAUGAACAUAAAAAAGAAUUUAAAUGCCCGCAGUGCAACAAAACAUUUUCUAGUAAACAAAAUAUGAAAAGGCAUAUUAAAAUACAACAUACCUAACCUGAAACAAAUAGUCCAGGAAACAAAGGUUGUAGAAGGAAAACUCGAUGGUAGUCGGGUUUUAUUUUUUUUAUGUAGAGUCAAAGUGAUUUUAAAAGCAACGCUCAACUUUGCACACUGCGCAUAGCAAAUGGGCACAUCAUAUAGGUGCGCAAUGGGGUUUAACGUGUGCCUUAUUUAGUACAUAAUCAAAAGUAUUGGAGGUCAAAUUCUGAAAAAAUGCACGGUUAGCGAGUUAUGAGCCAAAAAGCAAAAAACUCCCCUUUCGGGGGAUGAAAUUAGGGGACGCGGAAAGAAAUCUUUGGGGAAUAUUCUUGAUUCAUUAUCAGCACCCCUGACUCUACAUAAAAAAAAUAAAACCCGACUACCAUCGAGUUUUCCUUCUACAAUCUUUGUUUACUGGACCAAAAAAAAAUAAUCUAUAAAAUGUUUUUUUUGUUGGCGCUUUGUCCAUUUACUGCUAGUCAAAUUGAAAAGGUUUGUGGAGGGAUCGCUUAAAAUUCUCGCCGAAUAGUUUCCUAAGAUGUCAAAUUUUGAGGUAAACUUUUCCUUUGAGAUAGCCCCACAGAUCAAAGUUACAUAGGGACAGAUCCAGGAAACGUGGCGGCCAUGGAAUAUCACCUCAAAGUAAGUCGCACGUGAAGUGUGCGCUACAGUACCUUGAUAAGCCUCGAAAUUUAGCAGUGUCUAGUUUUUCUAGAAUAAUAAUUUUACCAUGGUUAUGUUCCGUAAUUUACUGCCGGUAUUGUCAGUACUAAAAACGGAGGAGUGUUUUUCAAAAGGUCGUAUUUUCAUUUGCAACAAUUUUUCAAAAAACGAAAUAACUUGUAUAGGUUAGGGCGAUAUAUAUUAUUAAAAAAAAUCUGAUGUAUAAUUCUACUUCAGACCUGCUGUCAUAUUGGUGGUUUAAAUUUAAAUAUUUAUAGCAAUGGUAUUUUUUUAAAUUAUUUGGAAAUAAGACCCAUGUAUGAAAUCAUUUUGGAAAUGUGCCUUUUUGCUGUGUGUAAACUUGGAAAAAUAUCUUUAUUGUGCUAACAAUAUGUAAGAGUAAAUAAAGUAAAGAUAUCCAUGUCUGGCUCAUUACAUAAACACAUUACUUCUACUUGACAUUCAACAACUUGUGGAACAUAUUCACCAUUUAAUAUAUGCCUUUUAACCAUACCUUUGUGAUUUUGUCAAAAAAUGACAUUCAAGUAAAAAUGGAAAUACGACCUUUUGAAAAAUUACUUCUCAUUUGGUAAAGAGCUGAGAAUAAUUAUUUCAUUAAAUAUUGAUGAAAUAUUAAUCGAAAUAUUUUGUUGUCUGCGUCGAAAAAGGUAUAUUUUUUCCAUAUUUUUCCUGCUGCUGUAUUGCCAGAUGUUGAUUAUCAAAUUAUCGUACCAAAAUUAUCGUUUUUAAACAUAUAUUAUCGUACUGUAUGAAAAAAGGGUAAGUGAAAAAUGAAAUUUGAGUUUUUUAAUAUGCAUUUAACAAAAGUAUAAAAUAAAACAAAUUUUAUCAAUUUUACCUAAUACAACAAAAAAUACUUUUAAUAAACCACUGUACUACUUUAUAUUAAAAUAAUAAAGAUAAAAAUAUGUAUCUUCAAUCGGUCUUUAAUUUAUUAUUUUAUUAUUUAUUAUUACAUUAUUAUUGUUAACACUUGUUACUUAAGUGAUUGAUUAUGGCCUAGUCACUUAAAAAUUAGUUAUACCAAUUAGUUUAGGUUAUUUACAGCCUGUAAAAAACUAUUAUUUUCUACUUAUUUCUUUUAAUAAUUGUACGGUUUAUGUACACAAAAAAAAAGCUCAGCACAAAAAGACUUAGGUACUUCUUGACCUAAUGACAUAAAUAACUACCUAUUAAAACAUUUAAUAACAAUUUAAUUUUUUUAUUUGUAAUAAUUUUAAAAUAACCCUACUAGUCAUUAUAAUUAUUGUACAUCUGGCAAACUUGCUGCUGAUGCUAAAAGUUACGCAUAGAUUGUUUCAAUUUCACUGUUGCGUCAGUACAGAAUAAAUUAUAAAACAGUCCUUUUUCGCUACUGACACUAAAUUUACUGGCAGUAAAUUACGUAAGUUACAUAUCCCAUAUAUGUAAAUAAUAUAGUUUUAAUUAAAGGUUAAUAAUAAAUUAUAGUUAAAAUAGAAAAACCAGGGUCCUAUAAGUAAAAAUGUAUGUAAUGAACACGGUGUGCCUGAACGAAGUUUAAGUCACAUAAAAAUGCCGCCAAAAACUGAAAAUUCAUGAUUUUUUUUUUAAAUUUUUGUUUAUCUUACUUAUUCUACCUUUGAGUACACAUUUGUACACCGAUUUUUAUAAUAUUGGAGUAUAUUGUUAAGGAGAUUUGGAGAAUACUUUUUUAUACUGAGCACGUAAAUUCUUGAUUUUGGCAUAACACGCAAAAAAGAUAUAUACCCACCCAUGUUUUUUUAGAUAUUUUUAUGUUUACCAGGCCACAAAAUGGGAUUCUUAUUAAGACUUUAUAAGAAAAAUUGUUUUUGAAUAAAAUUAAAUAAAAUAACAUUUUUUGGAGAUAAAUCUUUUUUGUGCAUUAUGCUUUUUACUAUAUAAAAAAGUGAUUUUUGGCUAACCCUGUAUAAAUCUAAUGAUGUGCUCAGUAUGAAAAUAGUAGUCUUGUUAACAAUAUACUCCAAUAUUAUAAAAAUCUGUGUACAAAUGUGUACUCUGUCAAAGGUAAGAAAAACAAAAAUUAAAAAAAAAAGAAUUUUCAAAAAAUUUCGAAAAUAGGAACAGCUAGGAUUUUGGUAAAUAUCAUUUUUAAGUCACCAAAGGGUCCCGAACAAGAAACUGCAAUCAGUUUUUGGCGGCAUUUUUAACUUCGUUCAGACACACCGUGCAAAAUUGCACAAAUAUUUUUUAUUUUCCAAUUCACAAAAAUGGCUUAAAACGCCCUACAAAAAAAUGUUAUAUACACUAUUGGACAAAAGUAAAGCAACAACUGUAUAAAAAAUCCAACUCCAAAACGCCUUUA